GCAGACGGAUUGCUAUCAAAUGUAUUGACGCAGCGUUCACCAUGGCAUUCCAUGGCGAAUGUGAAAGUCUGUGGCGUCAGACUGGCACCAGAUAUGUAAGGAAUGCUGCUGAAAAUUCUUUUGGGGAGUUUGUGUGCAAGUUCAAUCGCCCAUCCUCUGUGCGACCUGGUGUCAAGGCACUUUCAGCCUUUCUUGAGAGCCCCCUUCCAGCUCACUUGCAGGCAGACCCAAACGCAGGAACUGGAAGCGCUGACAAAGAAAGCAGGCCACGCUGCAGACAAUGCACUGGAUUAUGCCUACAAUGCAGAAAUUGACACCACAAGAGCAAAUGAAAAAGCGGAUCUUGCAGAGAUUGAGAUGGAAAAUGCUGAGUCGUGGGAAGACUACGAGCUGUCGCUGCUAGCUCUCCUUUCACUCGUGAUGGUUGGAACCACAGGAUGGCUUUACACGCAGUAUCAGCGUUGGAUCAGCAUCAAGAAGGCCAAAGAUUUCAUGCUCGAUAUUUCUACAAUUUUUCCUGUGUUUUUCGUACGGCGUUUGUUCUACCCCGACUUUCCUGCAUCAUCAAACAAAAAAAACAAACAUUUUGCCAUACAUUUGUACACACAGCUCCCCCUGUUCUCCGCUGGCUCAAUUCUUUGCACCCAAUGCAUCUCAAUGCCACCAUGUCAAAGCAUGGAAAGUUCGCCCCAAGCUGCGGUGAACAUAGCCUAA